AUGUUCUGUUGGGGGAGCUUGGGGUUGAAGAUGAGGUUGCUAUUAGUGGGUUUGGCUCUUUUUUUUUUAGCAGUCAGUCAUGAAGUUGAAGGAGGAAGAAGGAGAAGUGUUCCAUCUAAAGAAGAUUUGGAACUGGAAAGAGAAGUGAGGCGUCUUAACAAGCCUGCAGUCAAGAGCAUCAAGACAACAAACAAUGACAUUUUCGAUUGCGUAGACAUCAACAAGCAACCUGCUUUCGAUAAUCCCUUGCUGCAGAAUCUUACCGUCCAAUUGGCACCGAGUGGGUUGCCCAAAGGGUUAGGGCCUAAACCUCCACCACCGUCUGGCAGUCAAGCUUGGACACUUAGCAUCCCAGAUGGAGGGUGUCCACCAGGGACAGUGCCCAUUGAAAGAACAACUACAAGUCAGCUAAAAAAGAUGAAGUCGUUCUUCCAAACACAAGCCAAGAAUUUCCUUCCAGCAGAUGAUGCAACUCCUGGUUACCAUGUAGCAGCAACUAGAAUGGCCCUUGGAUCAUAUCUUGGUGCUCAAGCAUCUGUGUCCAUCCACCAAGAACCCGCUACGGACCAUCAAAAUCAUCGAGCUAUGGUUUGGGUCUCUGGGGAUACAGACUAUAUUCAAGUUGGAUGGAUGGUGAACAAAGGUGUAUAUGGAGAUGGAAAAACCCGGUUUUUUACAAUGUGGACGGCCGAUAAUUUUGAUACAACUGGUUGCAUGAAUACAUAUUGCCCAGGCUUUGUACAAGUCAAUAGUAAAAUCCCAUUGAGUAUUAAUUUUGACCAAGUGUCCACAGUUAAUGGAACUCAGUAUGAUUAUCCCAUCACUAUUUUUCAGGACCAAUCAACCCUGGAUUGGUGGCUUAUAGCCGGUCCAAACAUUACUGCUAUUGGUUAUUGGCCGAAGGAACUUUUCCCCUUCCUGAAGAUGGUUGCUAUACAUGUAGAAUGGGGAGGGUAUCUGUAUAAGGAUGAUGCAACCUCGACCACAGCUCCACAAAUGGGCUCCGGGCUAUUCCCUGAGCAAGGAUACGGCAAGGCUGCGUACUUCAAACAAAUUCAAAUUGUUCAAGGGGAAGGCGGAUUCGUGGAUCCACCUGCAGAUUCUGUGAACUUAUUUUCAGACAGACCUCAGUGCUAUAAGGUUGGACCUAGUGCAGAACUGUUAUUUUACACAGGAUAUCACUUCUACUAUGGAGGCCCUGGGGGAGAUAAGUGCAACCCCUGA